GCUCCCUGCCUACGUCAGUGGACUCGCUGGCGAGGGACUUCGGUGGGAAGAGAGGAAAAUAAAACAGCACCGCCUAUCUACGGCAUCUGGCGUUUUAAAUCUGGAAACAGUGAGAGGGAGAGAGAGUGAACGACCUGCACUGAAGAGGGCUACACAUUCACACAGCGCGCUCUCCCUCACAAAUGUGAUGUGCUCAGAGACGGGAUUGACGCUCGUGCGUUCCAAUAACUUCCUUCACUGACAUCUAUUCGAAGUGCGGCAUUUAGGAAGCGCAUCACAAUCUUCAGGAAGAAGAGGGUGAAAAAGAAAACUAAAAGAAGAACAAAAAGCACAUCACCCCCAGGCUGAAGAUGCCGGAACAGAGCAACGACUACCGCGUGGUGGUGUUUGGUGCCGGCGGCGUGGGCAAGAGCUCCCUUGUGCUGCGCUUCGUCAAGGGCACUUUCAGGGACACCUACAUCCCCACGGUGGAGGACACCUACACCCAGGUGAUCAGCUGUGACAAGAGCGUCUGCACGCUGCAGAUCACCGACACCACGGGCAGCCACCAGUUCCCCGCCAUGCAGCGCCUGUCCAUCUCCAAGGGCCACGCUUUCAUCCUAGUCUACUCCAUCAGCAGCAAGCAGUCGCUGGAGGAGCUCAAGCCCAUGUACCAGCAGGUGCUGGCCCUCAAGGGCAACAUGGAGAACAUCCCCAUCAUGCUGGUGGGGAACAAGACCGACGAGCCGCUGAGGGAGGUGGAGACCAAGGACGGAGAGGCUCAGGCCAAGGCCUGGAAGUGCGCCUUCAUGGAGACCUCGGCCAAGACCAACCACAAUGUCAAGGAGCUGUUCCAGGAGCUGCUCAACCUGGACAAGAAGAGGAACAUGAGCCUGAACAUCGACGGCAAGCGCUCCAGCAAGCAGAAGCGAGCAGACAAGCUGAAGGGGAAGUGCACGGUGAUGUAGGAACGCCCGGCGUCCCCGGGGGGACGAACUCUGACAGGCUUCAGCGUAGAGGGGAAAGAGGUUGACUCAAGGGCGAGAGAAGGGAGAGGAAAAAUAUGUUGUUGUCUUGACUACAGAUGCCUUCACCCCCCCCACCCCCCACUCACUGGCUCACUCCAUCUAUGCUCUCGCUUGAGCCAAGGCUGAGUCAGUUCAUCACUUUCUCUGGCUUUAGUUCAGUCUUAUGUCAUUACUUCAAACGGGGAAAAGGAGGGGGAAAGAUGAAGAACCGGGGCGGAGCGAGGUUGAGACGUUUCCACAUGAAGCACACUUGCUAAUUCACUCUCAUGGAUGACAAAUAGUACACAAUAAAAUAAAAAAAAGUUGUCUGUCUGAAAAAUACAGAAAAACAACAUGGAGGUAGAAAUCAGGGAACGGUUUAUUUCCACCUCCAGUUCAGCCAUUGUCAUGAUAUUCCCCCAUCAUCAGACACCCUCUAUAUGACAUAACUGCACAGAUGUGUAGAUGUAACACUUAGAGCUAACAGUGUUGGAGGGUGAGCCUGGCGACUGUAACACCGAGAGCUAACAGUGUUGGAGGACGAGCCUGGCGACUGUAACACCGAGAGCUAACAGUGUUGGAGGAUGAGCCUGGCGACUUUAACACUAUGAGCUAACGGUGUUGGAGGGUGAGCCUGGCGACUGUAACACUAUGAGCUAACAGUGUUGGAGGACGAGCCUGGUGACUUUAACACUAUGAGCUAAAGGUGUUGGAGGGUGAGCCUGGCGAAGAUGCCCUCCUGUUCCUCAGCAUGUCGUUCUUCUCGUAUGGCUCUCUGUGUUCAUCUCAGUCAUUUGGUUGAUUUAAUGUGUUUGUUCCAUGGCAUGCGUCAACAGGGUUGAGCUCUGUGCUGGUACGUUAUUGGGGGGGGGGGGGUCAUCUUUAGGCUCUGAGUGUUUUCAUAGGUCAGACUGAGAGCGCCUGUCAACUUUCAGACAGUUUGAUUGGUCUCGGUCUGGGACUCUCUUUAUCCACCGGGAUUCAGUUGGCCAUGAAAUCUGAUUGGACGGCUGUCAUGUCAAUCCCGAUACGAGAGCUCUGCAGAGACUGCCCACGCCUUGCCUGCCAGUCUCCACACCUGCACAGAGUCUCUGAGAGUAUGCAAACAAGCUUUACCUUUAGACAAACAAGAUGAUUUAGAAUAACAGGAAAAAGGUUGUUUGGAAGCAUUUCAAUUUUAGUAGCACAAACAAUUAACAUUUUUAACCAUAGGAAAUAGCAAAUUUUUUAUUGGAGCAAAAUAAUUGUUAUGCACGUCCUUAAAGCGAUUUCUUGAAAGAUAUUUGCAGAUUUCUACUGUGUAUUUCUGAAUGUUCUGUUUUCAAAGCCCCCAGUCCAGUCUGCACAUCUGGACCCAUUCGCUUUCAUUUUCUGUUCUUGCUUAUAGAAAUAUAUAGAAAUAUAAUGCCAAGCUGCAGCUGGAUCUGAGGCGGAUCUGACCCCCAUGUGGUGCUGGUCUGCCGUAUCUGAGCCGGAUCACAGCCGGAUCUGAGCCAGAUCACAGCCGGAUCUGCCCCAGAGCCAAAUGCACCCUGGGAAUGCUUUAGCAAUACAUCAUGACAGCACUUUUAAUCUGGAUGAGCUCCUUCUGUCUAUCCUGAGAUUGGACUGCCAACUACUUGCUUUGGUUUGUCUUUUACACCCUGCAUUUACAGUGUUUUUUUUGUUUUGUUGUUUUUGUUUUGUUGUUGUUGUUGUUUUUUUGCGGGGUAUUUUUCAGAUUUUACUAUGAUUUUACUAUGAGACGGACAAGUUAAAUAACAAUAAAAAAAGCACAAUCUCAA